AUGGCCAGCCCAGUGGACGCGUCCCCUGCAGGCCAUGCCAGUGGGUUGGGUCCCCACCGGAGAAAGAGGACCACCUUCAGCAGAGGGCAGCUGCUGGAGUUGGAGCGGGUGUUUGCAGCACGGCCUUACCCCGACAUCGGCACCCGUGAGCACCUGGCCCGGGUCACCUGCCUCCCUGAGGCCAAGAUACAGGUGUGGUUCCAGAACCGCAGAGCCAAGAGAAUCAAGAAUAGGAAGCCAGGAGGCCUAAGUCCCAGGCCCGAGCCUCCCCAGAGAUCCCGUUCUCUUCCGGACACCAUCCAGCAGUCCUGGGAGCCCCGCACCCUUGGCCAGCCUCCACCCUCCAACAGCACAGCUCAGUGUGCCUCUGUGUGUCGACAUGCCUCCUGUCCAGCUCCUGGCUUGGGUCCAGGGCAGGGCUGGGUAGGGGCUAAAGCUACGGCCCCAUGGGGACCAGCUGGGGCUUCAGGGGUCCACGUCUCUUCAGAGCGAGCUACUCCCCAGACCUCACUGGGCAGCCUGUCUGACCUCAUCUAUGCCUCGGCCAUUGUCACCAACCUGGACCACUCCUAA